AAGCGGCACUCACAAGUCAUUCCGCUGUUUGAGUUCCACUGUAUCUCCAGCUCCCAGUCUUUCUCCAUAUACGGCACUUAUCUUAAUUCCUAUUUGUUUCCUGGAAAACGAGGAAACAAAAAUCAGAAUUUUCUCUUGAUAUGAAUUUUCAUCUCCGUAUAGAAGCUGAAAGAGUGUUAUAUUGCCUUCAAGUAGGACAUCGGAUUCAAAGUUGAAAGGAGGAGGAGCAAGCCCAGGAUACUACUCUGAGGUUCACAAGAAAAGCAAAAGGCAGAAAAUAUAAUGGGAAACACAACGCAAAAAUCCCAGGAAACAGAAGUAGAAGAACCAGGACAGAUACAACAAGAAGAAGAUUCAAACUUUACAUGUGAAAUUUGCAUCGAACCUAUGUUAGCAAUCAGGAAAUUCAAGAAUGGUAGCCUGUGUAAACAUCCUUUCUGUUUGGACUGCGUAGCCAAAUAUAUUGAAGUAAAAGUCGAAGAAACCACUGGCUACAUUGAAUGCCCUGGACUGAACUGCAAACAAUUAUUAGACCCUCUCUCAUGCAAUUGCAUCAUCUCAAAACCAAUAUUUGAGAAAUGGUGUGAUCAUCUAUGUGAUUCUACUGUUUUAGGGUCUGAAAGCUGCUAUUGCCCAUACCAAGAUUGCUCAGUCUUGGUUUUGAAUGAGUGUAGGGAUAAGCUAAAGAAAAUAAAAUGUCCUAACUGCAAGAAAAGCUUCUGUUUCCUAUGCAAGAUUCCAUGGCAUGCAGGAUACCAGUGCAAUGAGAGCAGACAUCUAAGAGAUAGGAAUGACAUUCUGGUUGGUGAACUGAUUGAAGAGAAAAAGUGGACUAGAUGUUAUAAUUGCGGUCACUCCGUUGAGCGAGUUAGUGGUUGCAGAGAUAUAAAAUGCAAAUGCGGGGUUAGGUUUUGCCAUCAAUGUGGAGGACCAUUCCAUUUCGGCCCUUGUAGGCACAAGCGCUUUGGAACUAUUCUUUGUAAUCUGUUCAUUUUUGUGGUGUUAUCAGCUUUAUGCUACAUCUUAUAUUUUGAAAUACAUUCGCGCCCCAGAAGGUAGACUCAGUUGCACAGGGCAUGUAUCCUGGCACGUUGAAAUGCCACAAGAAAAAAACAGAUAAAAAAGAAGGGGUUGUAAAUGAUGUUAUUCUCGUACAUUAAAGUAAUAAACUGGUUUGUUCAAUGGUUGGGUUGCCUAACAUGGGUUAGUUUUGUGCCGUCCUUGAACGUCUUUUUCCUUAACUAGAAGAAGAACAAAAACGAAAUUCCAGAUAGCUUCUUCACUUUCAGAAAGAAAAUUCAUAGUCUUGGUAUUUUAUUUUCUUGCAUUUGUGCUCAGAUGCUGGGAAAUUGAUUGAAAGUGAAACAUUUCGAUAUUGUAUGAUUCUAAUCUAUAAAGAAACAAAAUUGGU